AUGUGCCAAGCUCCCUCCGGUCCUGAGCUAGAGCACCUGCAGAGUCACCACGAUCACUCGGGGGAUAAUAUGGCUCACACCACCAAGCGGGUGUGGAAGGCCAGUUGGCGUGAGUUAGAAUAUCAAAAGAACUCACUGGAAGAAGAACGUGUUACCCCAUUAAAGAGGUUUCUGGAGUAUGGGGAAGAUACUUGCAAAGGACAGAGACCUUCGGCAGAGGGAAGCCGUUACACGCCCAAAUCGGAAGGGGCAGACGAAGGCUGGUGCCCAGAAGAAGCGCCUUCCAGCAAGUCCCAUGGCUCUGAAGAAGCACAGUCGCUGGCAGACUGCGCUUUUCCAAGGAUUACAACUCCUUUCUGCAGAGUUCAUGGCUUUUUCUGCGCCACGCCCCCCGCUGGAAUUUGCAUGAUCUGGUUGAAAAACGGGGAAGAAAUUGUCCAAGAAAUAGUUUAUGGGGACAUUCUUCCCAGUGGGGAUGGAACCUAUCGGACAUGGGUAUCAGCUGAGCUGGAUGCUCGGAGAGGUGACCUCCACUCCUACUCAUGCAGCUGUGGCCUCCGUAUGGUUCUUCAGGUCCCCCAGGGUGAACUGCCCUCAUAG